AAUACUCUUCAAGUCCACGGGCUUUUCUUAAAAUACUGUUUCAUCAACCUCUCCCUUCCUCUUACUAUUUCUUCUAACGCGAGUUCUGAACAACACCAAAACUAACUUUACAAAUCUGAGAUCGAACACAAUGAAAUGUUACAAAGGAUCGGCCAUUCUCGCAACUGAUCACUACCCAUUCCUCUACAAACGACCAAUCUUCUCUCUUCCCGCUUCGUUGCCAUCGACCACUAUCUCCUACCCGACCCGAACCCGAUUCUCAUCCACCCGUAUCCAAGCCAGACUCACCCACGACGAUCCGGUUAAACAAACCGAGGAUUUAAGUUUCUAUGAUCUCCUCGGCGUCACCGAAUCCGUUACUCUCCCGGAAAUCAAACAAGCCUACAAACAGCUUGCUCGUAAGUAUCAUCCCGAUGUUUCGCCACCCGAUCAGGUCGAGGAAUACACUGAUCGGUUUAUUAGGGUUCAAGAAGCUUACGAGACUCUCUCUGAUCCUCGGCGGAGAGUUCUCUACGACCGUGAUUUGUCUUUGGGAUUCUCAUUUUCGUUCUCAGGUCGACGCAGGAAUCGAUACGAUGAGGAAGUUGUGGAAGAGAAGAGUGAGUGGAAGAAAAAAUGGCAAACUCAGCUCUCAGGGCUAAAGAAAAGAAGCCAUCAGAAAGAAAACAACACAAUGUCUUGGGCUGCUAGAAUGCGCCGUCAACAUCACACGUCUGAAGAUUCUUCUUCAUAACUAUAAACACCAAAUCUAUUCGCCUCGUUAAUGUAUAGGUUUCUAAAUUGUUGAUAUAAUAUAGAAAGCAUAGCAUAAUUAUCCACGAAUUUGUAUAUAUGUAUAUAGUCUUUGGUGUGCCUUUGCCAAUCGGCAAGCAGCAUAUCAAAAACCCUGAUUACUAAAUAAGUGUCUUUUGUUUGUCCU